UUUGCAGGUUAAAACCUGGGUGAAGAUUUGAAGAAAACUACUACAUCACCCAAUUUCUUUCACAGGAUCAACUACACAGUGUACCACUCUAAUGGAUUCUUCCAAGUCUGACUAUUAUGAAAACUUUGGCAGAAUACAGGGAAUUCUAAUGUACAAGGAUUUUCUCAAAUACUGGUCUGAUGUGGAGACAUUCCAAGCAAGGCCUGAUGACAUUGUCAUUGCCACAUAUCCCAAAUCUGGUACAACUUGGAUUAGUGAAAUAGUAGACAUGAUCUAUAAAGAAGGUGAUGUGGAAAAGUGCAAAGAUGCUAUUUUUAAUCGAAUACCUUUCCUGGAAUGCAGAAAAGAAGAUAUGCUAAAUGGAGUAAAACAAUUAAAACAAAUGGAAUCUCCUAGGAUUGUGAAGACUCAUUUGUCACCUGAACUUCUUCCAGUAUCAUUUUGGGAAAAGAAAUGCAAGAUGAUCUAUCUAUGCCGGAACGCCAAGGAUGUGGCUGUCUCCUAUUAUUACUUCUUUCUAAUGGUGCCUGUUCAUCCAAAUCCUGGAACAUUUUCAGAGUUUGUGGAGAAAUUUAUGGAUGGCCAAGUUCCUUAUGGCUCCUGGUAUAAACAUACACAGUCUUGGUGGGAAAAGAGAAAUGAUUCACAAUUGCUUUUUCUUUUUUACGAAGAUAUGAAAGAGGAUAUCAGAAAAGAGGUGAUAAAAUUGAUACACUUUCUUGGAAGGAAGCCAUCAGAGACACUGGUGGACAAGAUUAUACAACAUACAACAUUCCAGGAGAUGAAGAAGAACCCAUUUACUAAUUACACAAUACUGCCAGAAGAAUUCAUGAAUCAAAAAGUGCAUUCCUUCAUGAGAAAGGGGAUUUCAGGAGAUUGGAAGAAUCACUUUACAGUAGCACUAAAUGAGAAGUUUGAUAUGCACUAUGAACAGCAAAUGAAGGGGUCUACAUUGAAAUUAAGAACUGAGAUCUAAGAAUGUUCACUACAUACAUCUGAGAUUAAAGCUUUCUUCAAUCUUCACUUUCUUACUUAAAGAUUUGUAGACAGAGCCAGGAGAAUGCUCACACAUAUUCAUAUGGCAUUGAGAUCUAUGUAUCUUAAAAAAGCAAAAUGAAUUUUUCCCUAUUAUCAUCUUUUUAAGUUUGCUUUUUUUCUUUGAUAUGUUUAAAAAUAUAUAUACAGAACUAAUCGAUGAGAAUGAUGUAGAAACCCACAUGUAGUUCAAGUUGUUGGGGGUAAUUAAAAAUAACCAAAUUCUUAAAUUUUGGGAUUGCUUUUUCAAUAGUACAUUCAGCUUAUACACAUAUUUUAUGCAUAUACAUAUAUAAAUAACAAAUAUAUACAUAUGAACUUGAAAGUCUUGGAAAACUAAAAAGUACAUCAAUUUGGGGGCAGAAUUGUGUCUGCUAUUUUCUUCUUGACUUUCUUUCACUUUAUGUAAAAAUGACUUAAUUUGUAACUUUCCUUAAUUUAAUGUAAAUUUUGGCCAUAACGGGAAUGAUUUCCAGAUGUUUAGAAAUAAUCUUAAUGAUAACUAGAACUUGAAUGA